UUUUUUUUCUUUUUUUUUUUAAUACAAAUGUCAAAAGAAAGUCGAUUCUUAAAAGUAUAUAAAAAUGCAGAUCAUCAAAUUGAAGAUCAAAGUGCAGAAGAUCCCUUUCCAGCUUAUCUUGAGGGUGUAGAUACGUCACUGGCCCCUUUUUGUCCCACUUCAGCCGAGCGUGUACUAAAAGCGUUGAGUAUGGCUCAAGUGGGGCCUAGAGACGUACUUGUAGACUUAGGUUCUGGUGAUGGAAGAUUUGUUACUGCUGCCAUAUCCGAAUUUCAUGUUUCACGGGCAGUGGGUAUAGAAUCAGAUAAAACCCUCGUUGAUACAUCUUAUGAAUUGUCCAACCAUGUGUUGAGUGAAGAAGAAAAGCAGAGAAUAACAUUUAUCGCAGGUGAUCUAUUAGACUUGGCCAUUGUACGAGAUACCCCGUGGACAGUGAUCGUGCUCUUUCUCUUGCCUGAUCACACUGAUAAAUUUGCCAACUUUUUACUGCAACAUUAUAGACAAGGAGCGAAAAUUAUCAGUCUAGUUUUCAAUUUAAAUGAAAUACCCGAACUGAAUUUAAUUAGUAAAGAUGAACAAGAUGGGAUUUAUAUUUAUGGAAAAGAACAGUAAAGAAAACAAUAUUGAUUUUCUCUCUCUC